UUUGCUCGCUCUUUUCGGCAACAAUGAGAAUCGUUGCGUUUUGUUUACAGCGUUCACAGUAGUUCGCGCGUGUUCGAGCCUGUGGCGUUUGGCUGCCCUGCGCCUCCUGGUCUACCGAUGCUUUCUGUGUCAUGCUCGUUUGUUGUUCUGCCUUACUCACGUUCUGCCAUUGUGACUUCCAGGACUUCCACAAGUCAGUGCAACAGCAUAGUUACCUGCUUCAAUCGUCGAACGAGGCAACAUGAGUGCGAACGCCAGUUCCACUGCCGAAGCUAUCGCGCUUGCAAGUAAGUUGCUAUCUCAAAUCAGUAUCAACGACAAAGCGGAAGAGAUCCAGAGGAUCGUAAGCUUGUCUCCCGAAGCCAGACUCAGCAGCUCGGACGCGUCUGUAUACUGUCACUUCGCAACUGCCCUGCUUGACAACCUGAGCGCUAAUGCGUUGAGAAACGCCGAGGAAGAGUGCGCUUUUGAUGCGCUCGUCUUGCGCUGCCCACCCGAGGACCUGCUUCUCGUGUUGACGUCCGCACUUCACCGCUUCGACAAGAGCAGCUUCAGACGUGACAAAGUGGUUUCGCUUCUCGACAAGUUUGUGCGUGGUGAUUAUCUGCGCAGGUUGCUAGUUGGACAGUGUCACCGAAACGUCGCGUGUUACUCCGAGGAGUGGUCGCGUUCGGCGUGCACGGUGCUGGUGUCGUUGCCCGAACGGGUCGCCAACGUUCGUGGCCAGAGUAUUCCGAACUGUUUGACGAGGAACGGUUACUUCGUGUCCCUUUUCGACGGCAUCUUCGAAGCGCUGAGCCACGCCCGCGAUGAAUUGGACCGCGGUGUCGACGUUCACGUAGACUUUUUCAGCCGGCUUCUUGGCCGAAUGUGUCCCGUUGGGCAGUCAGAACUUCUCGCGAGGCACCUCGUUCCAAAGCUAGUGCGCCGUUGCGAGAGCGAUUUCAUUUUCCGGCGCGUCUGUGCCAAAGUUGUCACCUCUGUACGAGACGAUUGCCCGGAGAGCAUAUCUGUCGUGCUGCUUUCCGCUCUUCGCGAUUACAGGCAGGUCGACUGGUUUUUCACCGAUUCCGUAUGCACAGACAGCAGAUUCCGUUUCUUUCUUGCCAAAAAAUUGCCCUUGGCGCAAACGUAUAGCUCGACAAUGUUGCUGCAGAACCUUAUCGGGUAUCUUGCCUCGUCAGAGAGGAGGCGGCCCAUAUUUUACGAGCUGCUGAGUGGAGUGUUUGAUUGCUGGGGAGACAAGGCAAUGAUGAAGUAUCAGAGUGAGCAGGAACAGAAGUAUCUUACGAGUGCGCUGAUGAUAUCUGUGGGACACUUGAAGGCAAGUGGCAUUGACGGAACCACCGCUGACGGCCUCUUGCCUAAGCUCCUGCACGGUGUACAGAGCCACCUCUCGUCGCCGGACGAAUGGGUGCGAUUGUACGGCAUGGUGACAGCCGAACAAUUUACUCCCAUACUUCACCCAGAUGGUCCGAAGCUUAAAUUCGAAUACAAACCCAAUGACGAUAUCAAGUACCUGCUCUCGCUUACAGACAUCUCGGUCAAGUCACCAGACCCGGACGACGCAAGUAUGACGGAACCUGUCAGCGUAGAGGAAGAAACAGAAAAGACUGAGGUGGCCUCGGAGACCAUUGAUCUGGACAGUGACGACGAUCUUGAGCCGUUCGACAUGUCGCACGAUACACCGCACAGUGUGAAAAAGCCUGUGUACCUACGAGACAGCAUGGAGGGACUACUGGAUCAAGAAAACAGAGAGUGGUUUGAAUCUUGCUUGCAGACUGUCGCUAAAUUGAUUCAAACUUGCAGAGAUGAGUUAGAAGAUGUAGCUGAAGAAUUGGCCAAAAUACUUCUUUACCUCGACGACAAGUUCUGCUUGGAUAGAUUUGUACCAUUGAGGCAGCAUGCACUGAUUACCUUGGCUGUAAAGAGUCCCAAGAUUGUUGCUACUUACCUGACGGAGCAGUUCUACAGUGUGCACUUGAAUAUCAGACAGAGGCUGGACAUACUGGAGGUUCUUGCGCUGGCCAGCAACCAACUUGCAUCACCGCCCACCGCUGUGCAUCCGGUAACCGAAAGAACAGUCUUGACCAUGGCCAGUUCGCAUUGGAACUCUGUCGUAACUGAGCGCCUGAAGGCAAAGACUCGAAUCAUCAGCAAGGGUGCCACAGCUGUUGCGACUCCCACUGAAAAUCGCUUUUCUGACGUUGCCGGCUUCUUUUUCUACCCAUUAAUGAGGUACUAUGACAGAAAGGAAAACACCUUCGACCUCCUCGGUGAGGACAGCUUUGUUCUGACGCGGCUCAUCUACACGCUCGGCAUUGUGCAAGACUCGGCUGCCAACUGCCCGAAAAGUGUCCACAUGGCCCACUGCUUCAUGGAGUUUUUGUCAGCCCUGAAGUACCACGCAGAGGCCUGCGUUCGUGAUGCUGUUCUCUUUGCGCUGUCUGUGAUAUUGAUCACUGUUCCGAUCGGAUUGCUGCUGUCAAAUGACGAGCAGGAACUUGUCGAGAUCCGAGAGUGGCUUCAGUACGUCAUCGAGAGGGACCCUUCUGAUGUCUGCAAGCUAAAAGCAGCCCAAGUUCUGCAGCUGCUUUGUUCACAAGUUAACAAGGAGCUCCCAGUUCCAGAUAAAUAAAGUACAUAAUUUUAUUGCA